GUUGCCCUCGGUGCUGCUGAUGUGAUGCAGUUACGUUUGACAUUUCAUAGCAUCAUAGCUGCUAGUCGACUAAAUACCUUCAUAAGAUGUAAACAAACCGUUUUGUUUAUUAUUUUUAAACUUUUGAACGUUUCGUCUUUAAUUAUUACUAGGACAGGUCUAAAGGAGAAUUGUAACAUUUACGUCAAGCUUAUAUUAUUGUGUUAUUAGCCAGUGGAGGCUAUAACAGUCACAGGCUAAUGACACUUGGCUAACGUGCUAGCAGUGAGCGUGCCCCCUGUCAAGCAUCUUUUCGGAACUGAGAUAAUAUACGUCCAGCGGCUUGAGGCAUGUCGUUUGUAUCCUGAAAUAAGUUACAGGUAGACAUGGUUGGUGACGUAUGUAAGCAGAGCUAAGUUAGUACCGUAAACUGUUAAACGACUAGCGGAGCGUGCAGAGAUGAACGCGCAGCUCGGGAGGAGUGGGCUCGUGGGGCUUGCUGUCGCAGCUACAGCAGGCUGUGGCUUGGUCGCCUACAUCAUCUACAAGGAGAUCAGCAGGAUAAGAGCCCAGAGACUGGUGCUGGAAGCCAGGCCGCCGUUAGACGGGGUGGGGGAAGCUGUGCUGCUGGGGGCGCUGGAGGCUGAGGCUCAGGAGGCGGAGGCCCAGCAGCAGGCUCUGGCGGCGGUGCAGGCCGCGGUGCAGGGCCUGUCCCCAGAGCAGCAGCUGGAGGUGAGGAACCAGCUGGACGAGGUGCUGAGCUGUGUGUCCUCACUGCGCUCAGAGGUGGCCGAGCUGAGGGGGGGGCUGCAGGACAUCGCCAUGCAGAUCAUCCAGGAUGUCAAGAAGGGAGUGGAGGAAAGUCAGCGGGUGCGUCGGCGGCGCCACGUGGUCCACAGGGAGCGCACCGAGUCCACCGGCUCCAGCUCCAUCUACUUCACUGCCAGCCAGGGUAUGGCCAGCGCAUAUGAGACCAGCGAAGGAGGGUACUCGACGGCCUACGCUGAGUCGGACUACACAGACAGAGACACAGACAGGGAGGGGGGGCGGGAGCCGGAGCAGGAGUCUGAGGAAGACGAGGACCGGAGCUGCGCCACCGUCCUCACCCUCCGCCAGGAACACUCCCAGGAAGAGGAGGCGGAGGAGCGAGGGCUGGAGGAGGAGGACGAGGAGGAGGAGGACGAGGAGGGGGGGCUGACGCUGCUGACUGAAGUCCCCAGUGGGGAGCUGGCUCUCCUCCUGGCUCAGAGUGACGUCCUGCACACGGGGGACGCCCGUCUGAAGGCCGAGGGCUUCAGACUGCUGCUGGACAACAGAGCAGAGUAUGGAGAUAGCAGGGAGUUUCUAUGGCGGCUGGCUCGGGCCUACAGUGAUAUGUACGAGUCAACUGAGGACAAACAAGAGAAGAAGACCUACGCACACCAAGGUCGAGAGGAGGCGGAGUCAGCCCUGAAGAAGAACGGCCUGAAUGCUGAGUGCCACAAACGGUUUGCAGUGCUGACAGGACUCUCCUCGCAGCAUGAGAGCAUGCACAGCAAACUGAAGAGCAGCCACAUAUUAAAGGAGCAUCUGGACCGUGCCCUCGCGCUCCGAGAUGAUGACCCCAUGUGUUUCUACCUGCUGGGCAGAUGGUGCUAUGAGGUAACCACUCUGGACUGGCUGGAGAAAAAAGCGGCCGCUGCCCUCUACCAGACCCCCCCCACCUCCACACUGCAUGACGCGCUUGAGAACUUCCUGAAGGCAGAGGAGCUCAGUCCGGGUUUCUCCAAGACCGUCAGACUCUACAUCGCAAAGUGUCACAAGGAGCUGGGGAACAUCUCUGAGGCCAUGAACUGGACCCAGCUGGCUCUGAAGAUGACGACAAACUCUAAUGAUGAUGAAACGUCUAAACUGGAGGCUGAGCUUCAACUCUUAACGGACACUAAAAUCUGAAAAACAACAUUUCUAAAGAGAUCCAACGGGCGGAGCCACCCAGCUGAUGGCACUGAUUGGCUAGUCAGGCCGCCAAUCAGUGCUCAUCCAAUCAGAUGUGCCGCACUAAUGGCAGAAGUUUCUUUCUCUUCUUUGGUGGAUAUCUUUGUCACACUGUCACUGUGAAAUUAAAUGGAGUUUAUUAAUGCAUAUUUAUUUUCUUUAAUAUGGCUUAAUUUAAUAAAAAUCACCAUACAUAAUAUA